AUGGAUCCCAACCAAAACACUCCUCCAAACUAUAAAAAUCGCAAACCCGAUAACGCUUUUGCGUUAGACACAACCCCUCGCCAAUUCCCGACCAUGGAAUCACCUCAAGGUGGUUUAGUCAAUUUGCUUCAAACUGGAAAAAACACGGGCCGACCCAACACCACCCAAGAAAGAAUCCCAUGGACAAAAGAGGAAGAAGAAAAGCUAGCCGAGGCAUGGAUUUCAGCUUCCCAAGACCCAAUCGAAGGCAAUAGUCAAGCUUUUGGUUGUUUUGGGGAGAAAGUUUGUGCGGUCUUUUACGAGCUAACGGGAAGUGAAAGCCGAAAUCCCGAUCAAAUUAACUUGAAGUGGCGCUAUAUUCGACUAAAAUGCACCGAAUUUGGAGAAAUUUACAACAACCUCCUAAACAUACGAAAAAGCGGGGCAAACGAUUGUGAUGUCUUCAAGGCGGGUUUGGACCAAUUUGAAAAAAUAACGCCAACACGCAAAGCUUUUCCAUAUGUGAAACAUUGGCUAAAGUUGAAAGAUGCUCUGAAAUGGAAGGAGCAAACGGAAGGAAGUUCACAAUCUUCCGGUUCAAAGCGUUCAAGAAACUCCGACGGAAUGUUUCAACAAUCGGACGGGCGAACACAUUUCGACAUCAAAGAUGAUCCACUCGAUAUUGAAGACGAGCAACCUCUUCGUCGACCUGUUGGAAGAAGUAAAGCAAAAAAAAAAAAAAGCGGCUUCAACAGCUUCGGGAUCUAG